AAGCGGCGUUGUUGCACUUGCGAAUUGGGAUAUGACUCAGUUAGUGACGACUAUAAGAUCCUUAAGAUUGAUGACAAAGCACGCAGUGAAAUUCUCGCGUUGAAAAGUGGCUCCUGGAGAUUAACGAAUAACUAUCCUAUCGGCAAUAGCCCUGAUUUAUUAUGUACAGAAUCUUUGGUAUUUGUGCAUGGCACAUUUCAUUGGAUCGAUGAUAUAACAAGAUCUACGGUGACUGCAUUGAGUAUUUCAAGUGAGGUGUGCACGGAGAUACCGUUGCCAGAGCAAAUGCUCUCGAUUUACGACCACAAGUGCGGGCGGCUUGUUUCAGUUUUGACAGAAAAGCUUUGUGUUUAUGUUAAUUAUAUGUCUCGAGUGGGGAACAAUUUUAGGUUUAGGGUAAUGAAAGACUAUGGCGUUACAGAAUCUUGGACUAGAUUGUUUACUAUUCCAGGUCCCGGUUUUCUUUCAGUCAUACCGAAAUAUAGGUUUUCGGAUGGUGUAGUGCUACUCUGCUACAGAAAUAGGGGUCUUGGUACUGUCUUAAGGACAUCCAAAGCACCACUUGAAUUACGUCCUCAAUCUGGUCCCUCUCAGACUGGUUUUGUUUAUACAGAAAGUUUGUUCUUCCCAAAAUUAGUUCGUUAG